AUGGAAGGGCUCAAUCUUGGUGCUUCCGUGCUUUCCCAUCCGGAAGCUGACGUCGGGGGAGUCAGAAGGUCGCGUCAAGUGACGUUUGAUGGGACUAGAGGGCGCUUCGACUUCCGCGCCCCGCGUGCUGUCAGGUCAUCCUUAAGAUGGUCGACACGUGGCGGAAGCACUCAUUUAGGUGCGGCGCAUUAA